AUGUUUCUCAUGGUGGAGAGGGAAAUUCUUCAUUCACUUGUUUCUUGUUCACAGAAGAGUGUUACUUUAGGCGUUGUUUCCGACAUAUGCAUUGUGAAACAUAAAAGGACAAAUCUAUCAAAAAAGAAGGUAGUAGUUGAGAAAAAAGAAAAAGUUGACAUCGAUUGUGAAUGGAAUUUUAACACAAGUGAAGGUGAUUUCGAGUUAGAAGAGUUCAUGCAAAAGCUAGAAGUUUUUAUGACUUAUAUUGGUGAACAAGGUUCAGACGAAUCACCGGUUACAAAAGAAGCUCAUAUUGAUAAACUUUAUGAAGCUACUACGAAUCCUCAAGUUGUUGAUGUUGAAAAUCCACCUAUGGUGAAGAAUAAAGGUUCUGCUACAUGA